AUGUCUGUUAAGCAACCAGCAGAACUCUAUUCGUACUUGGAGGAAGGCACACAGCUUGCCAUCACGAGCGUCCACCUUGUCAACCAGGAUCUGCCUCUGGGUGGUGCAUGUGGCCAUGGGACUCUGCCCAACGGCAAAACCGUUUCGUUGGAACUCCUCAAGGACACCGAGCUGGAACUGCUGCACAGGUCUCCGACAACAGAUAAUGACGAACGGGACAUCAUCACGCGGGUCAUGACCCGCAUCGGCUCGAUUGAGGAUGAGGCGCGGAUGUGCAUCGUCGGACGGAAUAUCUGGUCCGUCAAGAACCGCCUAUGGGCGGGCAUUACACCAUUGUCAGAGCAGCGAUGGAAAGAGAAGGGGCUCGACCAGCCGGAUAAUUUCGAUACAGCUGCGCAGUAUCUCUCGGCAGUGGUCGCGGUGUUCGAGUAUCUUAACCGACCUAAAGUGCAGGAGAACAUCCGGGACACGUUUAACUUGAUUUCGCAGCAUUUGGGAGAAUUCGAAACAAUAGUUAACGCGGAGAGGGGGAAGGGCCACCCCCAUGUGAAUGUGCGACAGCUGUGGACUGAGUAUAUCAAGGCUCAUUUCGAGGUCAUAACCGAGCGCGCACAUCGCUGGGUCCUUGUUCAUGUCAAUGCCCUGCGGAAGCCGCUCAUUCGUGACCUUGUGACCUACCGACCGGCGGAUCUCGACAAUCCGGAUCGCGUGCAGUGGAAGAUCACAGAUCGGCUGCAUAUUCUGGCGGAGAUUGCCGGGGUCGCAGACUAUACUAUCAUGCUGCCAAUGCACGGAUAUUACGGGUACACCGCGCCUUCAAUUCCGGAAGGGGUCCUGCCCUCCCUCCGUUCACCCAAAUGGGAUGUCCGAAGCAAGGCGUACGGGCCAUAUAUGAAGACAAUUUCUCGCAUCCAGCAAGUGCAAAAUAUACUUGAUCGAAGGGAGCGCGAGGGACAUGUAGAGUACCAUAUCGCGGAUCCUAUCCAGUUUCAGCGGACGACCGAAAUUCAACUUGGUUGCCAGCAUCGGGCUAGGCGCGAGAUCCGAGGAGAGCCAGUGGAGCCUGUACCCAAGGAGCCGUGGAUUACGGACAUUCUGCAUUGGAUGAAGACCGAUGAGCACCGGGUUGGAUUUGUCGUCUAUAGGUUGACGUAUGGGCAAAACGAAGCAGACUGGAAUGCGUUCCGAGAGAAGUUCGAGGCCCAUCUGUCGGACUGGGGAAGCGGACAGACUGGGUCUGCAGCUCUCAAGCCUCAUCUGGCCCUACACUGGCGUGAUGGAAAAGACCUAGGGAUCCCUGAGGAUGACGUUGAGGCAGCCAGAAAACACUACCUUGAUACCUACACAGCCUCUACGGACCAUCCGCUUACCCUACUCGACCACAUCAACCAGCGAGCCUUCCUGGCAGUUGACACCUCUAGCUAUACUUCUUACACAACUUCCACUUACACCGCCAGCACAAGCUACGUCCUUCCGGGCGAUUUUACCGGCUUCAUUCUCGCAGUCGACCCCGAGUUCGACCCCAAGAAAGGCCCCGACCGCCCUGACGAAACGCCCGGUUUUUUCGGCCAGCUCCGUAUCCUGGGAAGCCUAGUCUGGGGCGAUCUUCUCAGCAUGCUUGCCUCUCAGUGCGCCAUCCUCGAGGACCUCUGGCCGCUCGCGAUUGAUCACCCGGACCAAGUCUAUGCGGGAUCCCUUGUGCCAUUGGUCGUCAAAUCGUGGCGUAUACACAAUGGUAUCCGGGGUAUCCUGAUGAACCAGAUGAUGGAAUACGUCAAGGCCAGAGUUGAGGACCGGGCGUGGCCUGUUACAGCUACACCAGCGGGAGACUCACCACAACGAGCGAUUACGAACGCCACCACCACAACUCAAACGGACAAUAACUCCGGCGAUGGCAAUGGAGGUAACAAUACCAUCAGAACACCCCGAUACUUACUACCCGAGCUUGUACCGCCUGCGGACCCCGCGGAAGCCAAUAUCCAGAGGCACAUGCUGUUUCAGUUUGCGCGCCACCUACGCCGGAACGGACAAACGGAGCAGGCCAUUAUAGUAGAGCAAGUGAUACGGGCCCCGCGCGGGGAGUUGCCUGAUAUGGAUGAGGUGCAGAGGAGGAUGGAGCUGGAGGGGAUUACUCCUGGCGAGACGAGGUCUGCUCCUCUGUCGUGGCAGGAACAGGGACAAAAUCAGGAAGAAGACGAGGGAUGUCCGAUGCAGUAAUUAGUCUUUCACCUUAUCUACCCACAGUAUAUAGCUUGUACAUGUAAUAC